CAGUUUGAUGAGCAGCUCUAAUCGGCAGUACUAGUAUUCAGCCAAAACGACAACCUCAGACUCACGACAUCAAAAACGACGACCGGUCACUCUCUCUCUAACUCUGCUCGUGAUCCAAACGACACGUCGUUUUCUUAUUUCCUCUUUGGAAAUAAUAUAUAUACAUAAAGUUUUCCCCUUUCUAUUCCAAGGGUUCUUCCUCACAACUGCUACAAACCAAACUGGAUUUGGAUUUUGGAUUUUGGAUUUUGGAUUGGUUGGUACUUUCUCUCUCUAAGUGAAUCUCAAUUCGUUGAAAUCUCUCGAUGGGUCGGAAGAAGGCCAAUGCUCGGGACGAUGAGAACCCUGCACAAGGUGGUGCUAAGUCGAAGAAGAAGGGUUUGCUUAUUGAUGACGACGAGUACGCUAUUGGAACUGAGGUUUCUGAGGAGCCUGAAGUUCAGGAAGAGAAGGUUGUGAUUACUGGGAAGAAGAAGGGUAAGAAGGGUGGCUCCAAGGCUUCUGAGCCCAAAGGCAAUGAUGAAGAAAAGGCGCUGGAUGAGGUUGAUAAUGAUGAUGAGGAUGAUCAUCGUGAAGUUGUUUUUGCUGGUAAGAAGAAGGGCAAGUCGAAAAAGGGUAAAGGGAAUAGUAGUGUGCUUAGUGGUUCGAGUUUUGGGUUGCUUGAAGAUGAUGAUGAUGAUAAACAGGAGGAUGCAGUUCAGAGUGAUGAGGAGGAUGUUGCUCCUGUAGUGAGUCUUUCUGGCAAGAAGAAGCCGUCGAAAAAGAGUGGUAAUAGUUUGUUCUCUGCCUCAGUUUUUGAUGCUAUUGAUGAUGACAAUGAUGAUGAUAAUGAUGGGGAAGUGGUUGAUGAUGAUGAGGAAGCCCCUAUUGAGAUUAUGGGGAAGAAGAAAAAGUCAUCUAAGGGUGGGAAGAAGGGUGGUAGUUUGUUUACUGCCUCUGGUUUCGAUGCUCUCGAAGAUGAGGCUGAACCUGAGGAUGAAAAGAAAGACGAGGAAGAUGAGUUUGCUCAAAUUGCUUUUUCUGGUAAGAAAAAGAAGUCAUCUAAGGCUGCUAAGAAAGGUGGUGGUAGUUCAUUCAAUGCAGUACUACUCGAUGAGGGAAUUGAUGAAGAUGUGCCUGUGGAUGAAGAUGCUUCAGUCAUAGCAUUUUCGGGUAAGAAGAAAUCUUCUAAAAAGAAAGGUAACAGUGUUUUUUCUCAAUUGAACGAAGAAGUUGGUGAUGGCAAUGAAGUUACAGAUGCAGCUGAAACUGAACCAUUGAGUGUUGGAAAUAGUAAUAAUGGAGCUGAUGAAUCGACUAAAGUUAAUAAGAGCCAGGAGGUAGCUGGAACUUCAAAGAAUAAAAAGAAGAAGAAGAAGGGAGGAAGGACGGAACAAGAAGAGGAUGAUUUGGAUAAAAUUCUUGCUGAGCUUGGUGAGGCACCUCCAAUACCAAAGGCUGCAGCUCCUACACAAGAGGAGAAAGUUCAGGUUGAACCUGAAACAGCUGGUCCUGUUGAUGAUUUAGGUGAAAAGGAAGGUGAAGAAGAGAAUGUAGAGUCUGCUGCUGCAAAGAAAAAGAAAAAGAAGAAGGAGAAAGAAAAGGAGAAGAAGGCAGCGGCAGCAGCAGCAGCAGCUGCUUCUGUUGAAACAAAAGUUGAAAAGCCAAUUGAAAUGAAAACUGAAGCAGCAGAACCCAAAAAGAAUGAAUCUAAGGGUAAAGCUGCUGACAAAAAACUGCCAAAACAUGUCAGGGAGAUGCAAGAGGCACUUGCCAGGAGAAAAGAAGCUGAGGAGAAGGCAAAGAGGGAAGAAGAGGAGAAGUUGAGGAGGGAAGAAGAGGAGAGGCGGAAGCAAGAAGAGCUUGAGAAGCAAGCUGAAGAGGCCAGGCGUAAAAAAAAGGAGAGGGAAAAGGAGAAGUUGCAAAAAAAGAAACUGGAAGGCAAGCUUCUAACUGGGAAGCAGAAGGAAGAAGCUCGUAGGUUGGAGGCAAUGAGAAAUCAAAUACUUGCUAAUGCUGGGGUGCCUAUUCCUACCAACGACACCGGUGCACGAGUUAAAAAACCAUUAUACCAGAAAAAGAAGUCAAAACCAAUUCCCCAUCAAGUUAAUGGUGCAGGUUCUUCUAAGCCAGUUGAAGAUACUGAGGAAAAGGAAUCUCAACCAGAAACUGUUUCUGAGGUCAAUUCCGUGGUAUCUGAGAAGGUUGAGGAGACAGAUGAUGUUGAUGAGAAAUCUGAAGUGGCUGAGUCUGUCAAAGAGAAUGGAAUUGAAGAAGAAGAAGAAGAUGAUGAUGAGUGGGAUGCAAAGAGCUGGGAUGAUGCCACUGUUAAUAUUUCAGUAAGUGCAUUUGCUGAUGAAGAGGAGGCUGACUCUGAGACAAAACUUGCUCCUAAAAAAGUAGUGAAAAACACAGCCUCUUCUGCAGUUGCAAGCACCAAGCCUGUUCAAUCUCAGGAUGUGGACAAUAAGAAAAAUCCAGAGCCUGAAGUCACUGAAAAAAAGAAGACGAAAAAUGCCACGGUCAAAAAAGCAACACAAAAUUCAGAUGCUACACCUAAGGCUGAAAAAGACCUUCGUUCACCCAUUUGCUGCAUCAUGGGACAUGUUGAUACUGGUAAAACUAAGCUGUUGGAUUGUAUUCGUGGUACUAAUGUUCAAGAAGGUGAGGCUGGAGGUAUUACCCAACAAAUUGGAGCAACAUAUUUCCCUGCAGCGAACAUACGUGACCGAACCAAAGAACUAAAAGCUGAUGCCACUCUUAAGGUGCCGGGGCUAUUGGUUAUUGAUACUCCUGGUCACGAAUCAUUCACAAACUUGAGGUCAAGGGGUUCAGGGUUAUGUGAUAUUGCGAUUUUGGUUGUGGAUAUUAUGCACGGCUUAGAACCACAAACAAUUGAGUCAUUGAAUCUUUUGAAAAUGAGGAAUACAGAGUUUAUCAUUGCAUUGAACAAGGUAGACAGACUCUAUGGAUGGAAAAGUACCCGCAAUGCACCAAUUGUAAAGGCAUUGAAACAGCAAUCUAAGGAUGUCCAAAAUGAGUUCAACAUGAGGCUCACUCAGAUUGUAACCCAGUUCAAGGAACAAGGCUUAAAUACUGAGCUCUAUUACAAAAACAGAGAAAUGGGAGAGACAUACAGCAUUGUACCUACAAGUGCCAUUACUGGUGAAGGCAUUCCGGAUAUGUUGUUACUAUUGGUUCAAUGGACUCAGAAAACCAUGGUUGAAAAGCUUACUUUCAGCAAUGAAGUGCAGUGUACUGUAUUAGAGGUUAAGGUUAUUGAAGGUCAUGGGACAACUAUUGAUGUUGUACUGGUCAAUGGAGUGCUUCAUGAAGGAGAUCAAAUUGUUGUUUGUGGCAUGCAAGGACCAAUUGUUACUAGCAUUCGAGCAUUGUUAACACCCCAUCCCAUGAAAGAGCUCCGUGUCAAGGGAACAUAUCUGCAUCACAAGGAAAUCAAGGCUGCACAGGGUAUAAAGAUCACAGCACAGGGUCUUGAGCAUGCUAUUGCUGGUACUGCUCUAUAUGUAGUGGGCCCUGAUGAUGACGUAGAAGAUAUCAAGGAAACAACUAUGGAGGAUAUGAAGUCUGUCAUGAGCAGAAUUGAUAAGAGUGGCGAAGGAGUUUGUGUGCAAGCAUCUACUCUUGGUUCCUUGGAAGCUUUGCUGGAGUUUCUUAAAACCCCAGAAGUAAAUAUUCCUGUUAGUGGUAUAAGCAUAGGCCCGGUACACAAGAAAGAUGUCAUGAAGGCCAGUGUGAUGCUAGAAAAGAAAAAGGAGUAUGCAACAAUUUUAGCUUUUGACGUCAAAGUGACUCCAGAGUCCCGUGAACUUGCCGAGGAGUUGGGUGUAAAGAUCUUUAUUGCUGAUAUCAUUUAUCACUUGUUUGAUCAAUUUAAGGCCUAUAUAGAUAAUUUGAAGGAGGAAAAGAAGAAGGAAGCAGCUGAUGAAGUUGUAUUCCCAUGUGUUCUCAAGAUUUUACCUAAUUGCAUUUUCAAUAAAAAGGAUCCAAUUGUCUUGGGAGUUGAUAUUCUUGAAGGCAUUGCAAAGGUGGGUACUCCAAUUUGUAUUCCUCAAAAGGAGUUCAUUGAUAUUGGCCGUAUUGCUUCAAUUGAAAAUAACCAUAAACCUGUCGAUACUGCAAAGAAAGGGCAGAAGGUGGCCAUUAAGAUUGUGGGCAGCAAUUCUGAGGAGCAACAGAAAAUGUUCGGCAGACAUUUUGAGAUCGAAGAUGAGCUUGUCAGCCAUAUCUCAAGAAAAUCUAUUGACAUCCUAAAAGCUAACUACCGAGAGGAUCUAUCAAAUGAGGAUUGGAGGUUGGUCCUGAAACUGAGGAAUCUUUUCAGGAUACAAUGAGAUAUUUUCUUUUUAUAUAUGAAGCACAGCCACAGGACAAUUUUUCGGUCGAAAAGACCAGGUGGCUUCAACUGCAGCAAAAAAUGUUUGAUCCUUUCAGCAGCGGCAGCAUCAGCAGCAAAUUGGUCAAUAAAUUCACUGUUCUUUCAGUGUUCGGUGUCGGAAGAAGUGAUCUGAGCUCGAUUUCAUUCAUGUGUUGAUGGUGGUAUACAAAGUUGUGAGUGUGGAAAGCUGGAAGUGGGUAAGAUUUUACCUAAGAAUUAUGAUAUUUUUGUUUUUGUUCAAAGAUGUUAAACGUGUUUUGUCUCUUUAAAAAUUUAAUUCAUUGUCUAAAUUGUGAGCUUAUGUUGUAGCCCCCUUAGUGGCCCUUUUCUUUUUUAGGAGUAACUUUCUGAAGUAGUUGUAUGUUAAAAUUUUGAUAGUUGGGGUUAUUGCAAGAACAAUAUUUGAAUCUUAAAAUAAAUUCUUUCAUCACA